AUGUUAACCAUGGAACGAGGUCUUUUUUAUCAUAUCAACUUAUCACUUGCACGUAAUUAUCAAUUUAAUAGAAUUCUUCGUUUUCUUCCAUUGAAUGAUAUUCAGUCACUUGCAAUUGAUAGUGAUGCAUCUCCACUUCAAUUAACUCGUUGGCCUUAUUUACCUCGUUUGAAAACUCUGCGUAUUAUUGGUGUAUACAAUCAUAAUGAUCUUUUGCUCUUUCUUUUGCUUCAUGCAGCCACACUCAUUCAUCUCAUUAUCAAAUCAAAUGAAAGAUUGGUCCCCGAUGGUUAUUCCUUUAAAUUCGAAUACCCAAUUGGUGACAUUGAAGCAUUAAUAGAAAAUUUUAUUUUUAUUCAUCUACCUGCACUUCGAUCUCUUGAUGUAGGCAUGAAUUAUUAUGGAACACGUUGGUUCUUUACUACUGCAAUAGUUUCUCUUACCUAUUUGCGUAUUGUUGUGUCAACGAUGGAUAUGUUAGUUCGUCUUAUGUCAACACCACCACUCUCCACCACAUUACAUCAAUUACAUGUAAAAGUAGGUAACAGUGACUUCAAUACUCGUUCCCCUAUACCAACGUCUCCUCUUUCAAUCCGAAUGGUUAGUUUACAUACAUUUACUCUCGUUCAAACUUUUUUCUCGAUGUUAACAAUUGAAUGGGUAUUUUUCGAAAUGCUGACAUCAUCCAAUGUAAUGCCUGUUCUUCGACGUGCCAAUGUGUCCAUUUUUAUUGAUAUUAAUGAUAUAAAUUGUAUUAGUUCAUCAUCACUUUUCACUGAUCAUCGUCACGUUGAUGUUCAUUUUGCCUUCAGUCUCAUUAAUUGUCCUCGAUACGUAGAAGUGACACAAUAUAUACCACGUGGUAAUCGUUUUCGUCCACGAGAAAUAGUCGGUGCAACAUUUGUUGUCAAUUACUGGCGUGACAGAUCACAAUGGGAGAUUUAUAUAGAUCCUUUUAAGCGUGGACGUCAAUAUGAUCAUCAUAUGUGGUAUACUCUUCCAUGGGCAUUUGAUGAAUUUUAUCAUGAAUAUUUACCACACAGAUGGAUCACUAAAACACGAGUGUUUGAAAUACCUCAAAAAAUGAUGACAAUUCAUCAAUCAACUCUUCGUACAUUAGAUACAUCAGGUCAAACGUUGCCAUUACCUAUAUGCUCUUUACCUUAUAUGGCAUUAUCCAAUUGUAUUGAAACAUUGCACUUGUCCUACUAUAAUACACAUAUUCCUAUAUAUUUAUCUGCUAUUCGCAAUAUAACUCUUGUGAAUAGUAUCAAUUGUCUGAACUAUUCUUCUUCAUUUCCAACAACUAUUCGUUCUAUUCGUAUUCUACUUUUUUAUUAUUAUCCUAACUAUAUAUCACCAAAUUGGCCAGUGGUUUUUCAUUCACUUUCAACUAUGCGACGAUUGAGUUCAUUACGCAUAUUUCUUGCUGCUAAAUCAUUUGUUAAAAUUGCUUGGAAUCCAUUUGAAGAUUAUAUUGAUUUAAUCAAACAUUCUCCAACUAAAAGCUUUUUUAUUACUACAUAUCGUCAUAUGAAAUUAGUUUUUGUUGAUCGAAUAACUCAUCAUGUUUAUUUGAGUUAUUCAGCAACCAAUUUAAUAUCUUCUGUACAAUGGAAUCCUAUAAAUUCAUCGAUUGUUACUUGUGCUACAACAGGAGUAAACCUAUUUGCUUUUAAAUAUUCAGAUAAAUAUACAUCAAUUACCAAUUAA